AUGCCGAAUUCAUCUUUUAUUCUGUGGAUCGCUGUGAUAUCCGUAAUCUCUCAAGUGUGUAACUCAUUUAGGAUUUCAAAUGAAUGGGUUCAAAGACUUCAACCUUCAGACGAAUUCGUCAAUGUUAAACUUCGACACGUAUUUCACCAUGGAUUAAAUACUCAGUAUAAUCAACAGUAUCGUUUAGAUACACACAAGAAAGAUGUAUAUGAAAAUAGCAAUGAUGUUUUUCGCUUGAAAAUGAAGAGUACGGAAGCAACUACUUUAAAAAAUCAGUCUCGUGAAUUGUUGAAUUACUAUCGUGAGAAUUCCAUGCGCGGUAUUCAUGUUGAACAAUCUUCAAAUGAUAUAUGGACAAAGAGCAAGAUUGUUUUACCGGACGUUACGGAUAAAGCAACAGUUUAUUCUCUCGGAAAAAUGAGUUUUAAUGCAUAUCAAAAAAUUCCAUUUGAUGGCGAUUGGCUUGAUGUUGGUCCGGAUUGGAAUAUAACACCUCCGGAAGGUUUUGGAUGGGAUGAAGACGGUCUCCGUGGGCAUGUUUUUUCCAACAACGAUAACUCUACCGUGAUUAUAUCUAUGAAGGGUACUUCUAUAUAUGGCAUAGGUCGAGGAACGUCCCAAAAAGACCGCAUUAAUGAUAACCUUUUAUUUUCUUGCUGCUGUGCUCGAGUAAGUUGGGCAUGGACGACAGUAUGUGAUUGUUACAAAAGUACUUACACUUGUCGCCAAACUUGCUUGGAGGACGAAGUGCAAUCCGCCACUAGGUAUUAUUCCGCUUCUCUUGAUAUAUAUUACAAUGUGAGAGAUUUAUAUCCUGAUGCUCAGAUUUGGUUGACUGGUCACUCUCUGGGAGGUGCUACUGCUUCAUUGAUGGGUUUGUCCUUUGGUAUUCCUACUGUUACGUUUGAAGCUCCAGGAGAGCUUAUGGCUGCUCGUCGUCUUCAUCUUCCUAUGCCUCCCGGACUGCCUGACGAGGAAAGUCUUAUUUGGCACAUUGGUCAUACUGCUGAUCCGAUUUUCUUAGGCAAAUGUACCGGACCUACUUCUUUAUGUUGGGCUGGUGGCUAUGCUAUGGAGUCCGUUUGUCAUACGGGUCAAGAAUGCAUUUACGAUGUUGCUAAGGAUAAAGGUUGGCAUAUUUCUUUAACACAUCAUCGUAUGCAAAGUGUCUUGAACGAUGUGAUUGAUACUUAUGAUGAGGUACCAGUCUGUGCCCAUACGCCAAACUGCGUAGAUUGCUUCCUUUGGGAAUUUCCUGAUGACGAGAAAUGA